UUUGCAGCGCCGGACGCAGUUGGAUUUGAAUUUUCGCGCCACACGUCGACGUUCUCCUUGUCCAUCCUCCUCUUCUUGCCAGCCUCGAGAACCAACGACGACGACGACGACAUCAACCAGCAUGAACAUUGGGAUCGAAACACGCCAUUUGAAGCGGCCGCGCCCGAGCUACGGCGAUAGCCCGUCCGAAGUUGAGUGCCACCACUGGGACAUGGGCAAGCGCCCGUACCGCACACCGACUGUAUUGUCGCCGCUUGAUGUGGCGUCGGCCGCGCAGCUCCACCAGCAGCUACAGGAUCUGCGCCGUGAGAAGAUUGCGACGCCGCUCCUCGCGCUCGUGAGCCGCCUCAUGCUCCACCGUAUCAACCAAAACAUAUUUAACGCACCGGUCGACCCGGUCCGCCUCGCCUGUCCGACGUACUACGAGGUCAUUGCGCGCCCGAUGGACCUUGGCACGGUCAAGCAAAACCUGAGCGCGCUACUGUAUGCAUCCGCCGACCUCGUGGCCGACGACAUUCGCCUCGUGUUUGCCAACGCGACGCACUUCAACCCGCCGGGCCACAUUGUACACGAGUCGGCCAAGCUGCUCGCCAAAGAAUUUGAACGCGAGUUUGCCGCGUACCUCCGGCGCGAGCGCGACCACGCCAUCAAGCGCGCCGAGCACAGCUGCCCGCACUGCCAGGGCCACGUCUGCGGUCUCUGCGAAGAAAAGUGCAUCAACUUUGAGCCGCCGCUCGUGCUCUGUCUCGGCAAGUGCGGCCAGCGCCUCCGCCGCCACGCCACCUACUUUAUGACGCCCGACGGGCAGCUCAACUGGUGCGCGAAAUGCGUGCCCAAGCAAGCCGAGUUUACUUACGGCGACCGCGUCGUGACCAAAGCCGAAUUGCUCAAGGCCAAGUUCCAAGAAGAACUCACCGAGCCGUGGGUGCAAUGCGACGGGUGCAUGGGCUGGGUGCACCAGAUCUGCGCGCUCUUCAACAGCGAGAUCGCGGCCGACGACGACGUGCCGUUUACGUGCGCGCUCUGCCGCUUGCGGUCGCUCGAACCAAAGAGUCGCAAGUACAGCGACCCCGCGUCGCCAAGCCACGACGUCGACCACUCGACUCCUGUCUUGGACUCACCCGACAAGCAGCUCAUGGCGCAUAGUAUCGACGUGAGCGCGAUGGCGACCAAGCGCGACGACAUGAGCACCCACUCGCCGAUCGUAAAGAAGGCCAAGUGCAUCAAGCCGCUCUUCAAGGACGCGCUCCCGGACGUGCAUGCGUCGACGACGCACCUCGGCACGUUCAUGCAAACGUGGAUCCGCGACCACUUUCUCUUCCUCGGCGAGUCGCCGGCCGUCGCCAACUCGCUCUUUGUCAAGCUCGCGUCGUCGGUUCGCGUGACCGCGCCAGUGACAGCCACCGCACAAGACCAUUUCCGGCUCAACGGGUUUGCCUACCCAUCCGAGGUGACGUAUACGUCCAAGACGAUCCUUGUGUUCCAGGAGAUUGACGGUACGGACGUCUGCCUCUUCUCCAUGUACGUGCAAGAGUACGGGCCCGAUUGUGGCAUCCCGAGCAACAACCACCGAACGUACAUUGCGUACCUCGACUCGCUCGGGUACUUUCGUCCGCGCCACGCGCGCACGUCCGUGUACCAGCAGCUCGUGAUCGCGUACCUCGCGUUUGCAAAGGCCCGCGGCUUCACCCACGCCCACAUCUGGGCGUGCCCGACGACGCGCGGCGGCGAUUUUAUCUACUGGUGCCACCCGUCGCACCAGCGCAACCCGAGCAAGGAGCGCCUCUUGUUGUGGUACAAGGCGGUGAUUGCGGCUGCAAAGGCGCGCCACGUUGCGUUUGGCCAUGACACGCUCUGGAGCUCGCACUUUGCCGCGCUUCACUCGGGCAUCUCAAACGCGCCGCUGCCGCCGUACUUUGACGGCGACUACUGGCCCGCCGAGCUCGACCGCGCAGUCCUUACGCCGCUCAAACCGCGGGCCAAGAAGAAGCCGUCCGACGCGACCGAGGCGGUGCCAAAAGCCAAGGCGCGCGACGCCAUCAAGGCCGAUGUCUAUCGCGCGAUCGAGGUGACCAAGGACUCGCUGUUUGUGAUUCCGCUCCAGCCCACGUGUGGCCACUGCGGUCAAGUGCUCGUCAACAUGGCCUACUGGCAGUCGCCGACAUGCGCGGUCUGCGACGUGUGCGCGGCCGUGAGCGUCGACUCGAACGUGCCGCUGCAACGGCAGUCGGUGCCCCACUUUGUCGCAAACGACGUUCUCGACGAUGUCGAGAUUCCGUGCCCGUUCCUCGACCAUCGGUCGACGCUGUUGAAGAACUGCGAAGAGCGCCACUACCAGUUUGACACGCUGCGCCGGGCCAAGUACUCGACCAUGAUGCUGCUCUACCACAUGGCCACUGCUUAGUGCAACAUACUCCAUCGUAGUCGUCGUCGUAUUCGUUUAACCAAAUGCAAUCGGCAGUGGCGCGUCGGCGUCGGCCAUGAGCCCUUGAAUGUCGAGCCACUUUUCAUACUGCU